CACCGGUGAACGGUAAGUUGUCUUGCUCUUCGCCUGGUUCAGGUUCCGCUCCGACGAGCGCAGCCAUGUGAGCGCCAGCUUCACCGCUGCUCUGAUGGUGCAGGAUGGCAGAUGGCAGGAACUUCCAGACACGACCACGAAAUGGCAAUAAAAGCGCGACUGGACCUGUGCAAGACAUCUGACCCGGUGGAGAAGGUCCGGCUCCAGUGCCUGACCCGAGGCUCGGCUGGUAUCAAAGGUCUUGGCAGGAUGUUCCGGUUGAUGGACGACGACGGCAGCCGCUCGCUAACCUUGAGCGAGCUGAGCCGAGGGCUGCAUGACUUUGGUGUGGUGAUGGACAAACAAGAAGUGGGGGAGCUGUUCCGGGGAUUCGACCGUGACGGCAACGGAACCAUUGAUUUCGAGGAGUUCCUUAUCUCGCUGCGGCCCCCCAUGUCCAGGUCCCGGCAGGCAGCAGUACAGCAGGCGUUCAGGAAACUGGACCGGACGGGUAAUGGCGUGGUGACAGUCGAGGACCUGCAGGGCGUCUACAACGCCAAGAACCACCCCAAGUACCAGAACGGAGAGUGGAGUGAGGAGCAGGUGUUCCGCUGCUUUCUGGACAACUUUGACUCUCCAUAUGACAAAGACGGGAAGGUGUCACUGGAGGAGUUCUACAACUACUACAGCGGCGUCAGUGCCUCCAUCGACAAUGACGCCUACUUUUUGUUGAUGAUGAAAAAUGCUUGGAAACUGUAGAAAUACUGAGAGACCCUCCCCACCCAGAGACCCUCUUGUCCCUAUACCCUCUCCACCCGAUACACCCUACCUGCCCUAAACCCAAAUAGAGAGGAGUAACUGAAUGUACUGUCGAAGGUGAGAUAUAAAGACUCCAGCCGCUGCUCUGACGCAUUGGCGGUCUGCUGUUUUGGGUUCCUUCUACUGGACUUGAUAAAAGCUAGACAUGGUGACAUAA